AUGUCGCUUAUUCGUUAUUCUAACAUUAUUUACCCCAUGCACCGCUCCGGGAUGUCCAUCUCGGAAAUACACAGGAAGCUCAGUAUGUUGGACUCUACAGUGACCUAUCACAAGAUUCGAUCAUUUCUACGGAAGCAUUACUCUUACCGAGUAACUCGUGCUGCUCCCUAUCGAGCCCGAAAAUUUCGCGCAGUACUGCCUACGAUAAAAAGAAUUAUUGAGGACAGCUACUCAGCGAAUUCCUCGGCUACUUCUUCCCUAGUGAUGAGACGCCUUCGAGAGAGAAAUAUCUUGAUCAGCAGAUCACACGUUUCUCGCUUGAGGGUGAAGCUAGGGUAUCGUCGAACGACGACAAAAUACUGUCACCUGAUUAGGGACGCCAACAAGGAGAAGAGGUGGGAUUUCUGCAGAAGAAUGAUAGAAUCGGACGAAGAUUUCAGCCAGUGCAUCUUCUCAGACGAGUCGACAAUACAGGUCGAUUGCUGCGUUAAGUACUGCUACGUGAAAAAAGGCGCUUUCUUCGCAAGACUUCGAUCCAGAGCGAAACAUCCUGCAAAGCUCCAUGUUUGGGGAGGAAUAUCAGUGAGGGGAGCAACUGCUCUUGCCGUAUUUCCCGGUACCACGAGAAUGGAUAGCGAGAAGUACUGCCAGAUUUUGGAGCGGUGCUACAUCCCAUUUUGCAAGAACAUCUACAACGGAUACGGAGCUCUUGUGCAAGACAACGCGCCUGCACACAAGAGCGCUUACACCACUGAGCGCUUACGAAUGUGGAAAGUCCGGCUGUUUGAGUGGCCUCCAGAGUCGCCUGACCUGAACCCAAUCGAGCUUGUGUGGGGCAGCAUGAAGGCAUACAUCAGGAAACGAAACGUCCGUACUGUCAAAGAUUUGAGAGAAGCAGCCUCAUCGUUUUGGAAGACGCUUACACCUGAAGUGUGCGAGAGGUACAUCCUUGGGAUUCGCAAGAAGAUGGAACGCGUUGUCCAAGAAGAAGGAAGGAACAUAUAUGAAGGACGAUAA